GUACCAUUGAUCUUUAAGACCUUAUAUUAAUUUCCUUUACCGUAUCUAAGUCAAAGCCAACAACAAUGUCUCUUGCACCAUCUUCUGAGUUGAAGCGACCUUGUGCAAAUUUUGCUCCUAACAUUUGGCAGGAUAUUUUCAUUCAAUAUGCUGAUUCACAAUCAUUGGAAGUCAAUGAAACUAUGAAACAAGAGGUCCAAAUACACAAAGAAAAAGUAAAGCUGUAUUUGUCUUCGAAUGACAAUAACAUUUUACAGAAAUUAAGUUUAAUUGACUCAAUUCAACGUUUGAGUAUAUCUUAUCAUUUUGAACGUGAAGUUGAUAAAGCUUUGGAAGAAAUCUACAAUAAUUUUACCAACAAUAGUCUUCUUAUAGAAGAUUAUGACCUUCACUUUAUUGCCUUACUCUUUCGUUUGUUCAGACAAAAUGGAUAUCAUAUUUCAUCAGAUGUUUUCAUCAAAUUCAAGAAUAUCAAGGGAGACUUCAAUGAAAUAAAUGUUGUUCAAAAUGUUGAAGAAAUAUGGAGCUUGUAUGAAGCUGCACAAUUAAGGAUUCAUGGAGAAGAUAUAUUAGAGGAAGCACAUAAAUUCACAUACAAUAAACUUAAGUCCUUCAUCAAUCAAUUGAGUCCAUGUCUUGGAGACCAAAUCAAUCGAAGCUUAAGGCUGCCUCUUCACAAGACAGUUUCAAGGAUACGAGCAAGAUCAUAUAUGUCAUUUUACAAAGAAAAUCCUUCCCAUAACAAAGUUCUUCUAUCUCUUGCAAAAUUAGAUUUCAAUAUGCUACAAAGCCUACAUAAAAAAGAAAUUGGUAAUAUCACUAGGUGGUGCAAAAAAUUAGGCUUUGCAACAAAGGUUAGUUAUGCUAGAGAUAGGGUGGUUGAGACAUUCUUUUGGCCACUAACCAUGUCUUCUGAGCCAAAAUAUAGUACUUGGAGAUUGAUAUUAGGCAAACUGCUUGCAUGUAUAUGUCUUCUUGAUGAUACUUAUGAUGCCUUCGGCACAUUUGAAGAGCUUCAGCUCUUGACUGAGGCAAUCAAAAGGUUGAUUAUCGGAGUUCAAACGAGUGUAUACCCUCUUAUGCUAGCAACCUUUAUCGUUAUGGAAGACUUUGCUACUAAAGAGAUGCUUGAUUGGAAUUUCAUCGGUUUUCCUAAAAUCAUAAAUGCUGUUUCACUAAUGGUCAGACUCGCAAAUGACUUGGCGUCACAUAAGUUCGAACAGGAAAGGAAGCAUGUUGCUUCUGCAGUUGAAUGUUGCAUGAAACAAUAUGGCAUUUCACAAGAAGAGGCCUAUAAUCGCAUUAACAAGGAAAUAAGUGAUUGUUGGAAGGAUAUAAAUGAAGAGUGCCUGAACUCGCAUGAUAUUAUUCCAAAGCCCCUGAUUAAUUGCAUUCUUAACUUGGCACGUUCAACUGAGGUUAUUUAUGAAAACUUCGAGGAUAAAUACACAAACAAUGAACUUCUAAAAGAUCACAUCGCGGCUCUACUCCUGGAUCCCAUCAUCAUCUAGCAUGCAUAAUUGUUAGUUCUAUUAUUAUAUAUGUGUGUUGUGUGGGACAAAAUUAAAGUUGGCUUUCUCUAUUAUAUUGUGGUGUGUUAUAUGAUCGUUAAUAAGGAUGAGGAGAACUGCUGAAAGCUUAGAUAAAUAAUGUUACGUUUUCAAGUGUUAUUGGGCCUUAAUUAGUCUUCUAAUAAUUAUAUGUAUGCUUUUUAAUUUCCCUCUGUUA